AUUGACGUGUGUAUGUUGGGGACUGCGGCCGUUGAGUGAUGCGGUUCCGCCGACUCAAGCCGGACUUGGGAGAAUUCGGCCUGGCCUUGGCGAUCAGAUCUAAUCUUAUCUACUGGCUAUGUGAUUGGCUGCGACCCCAUCCAGACAGCACAGCGCGAAAGUCGUCUCGACGCGCGGGCAAAAAAAGAGCAAAAAUAACAUCAUCUCCCCUCCUGCCAUCUCAUCUACUUUUAUCAUUAAAAAACCAAUUACAGCGGGGAUCCGGUCGGGAGAUGCUCCAGACGAAGAUGACUCUAUUUUUCCUCUGCACCUAACGAUUUCUUCUCCCACUCGAUUCUGCUGCGGGUGCUCUUCCAAACUCACUUGACCUGCCUCGCUCUUAUCCAGGACCCACUGAUCUUCUAACCCGCUCAGACGCCAACAGUCCCAUUCUCUCGAGUUUAAAACCGUUCGUUACAUUGAAUCACCAUGAGCGAUCUGGACGAGGCGAUCGCGCAACUGCGCGCCUGUCGUUUGAUACCCGAAACCCAAGUCCGAGAACUCUGCUACAAAGCGCGCGAGCUGUUAAUCGAAGAAGGAAAUGUGGUUUCGGUGGAUGCCCCAGUCACGAUUUGUGGAGAUAUUCACGGCCAGUUUCAUGACUUGAUGGAACUUUUCCGGGUCGGGGGCGAUGUUCCCGACACCAACUACCUUUUCAUGGGCGACUUUGUUGACCGCGGAUUUUACUCUCUCGAAUCCUUCCUCCUCCUCCUUUGCCUAAAAGUCCGAUACCCAGACCGUAUGACCCUUAUCCGCGGGAACCACGAAUCGCGCCAGAUUACCACCGUGUAUGGCUUCUACGACGAAUGCAUUCGAAAAUAUGGUAGUGCGAAUGUGUGGCGAUACUGUUGUGAAGUGUUUGAUUACCUGGCGCUGGGCGCUCUUGUGCUGGGGGCAAGUUCGGAGCUGGAACCGUCUGUGUCGAACGUGGAGAGCACACAAGCCAUGAUGCCGAUUGACGACGGAGAGCUAGAAACCGAAGUCCUAAACUCCAAGGGGGAAGUCACCGUGAGCACUUACAGACGACGACAAAGAUCGUCAUCCAACACAUCAACCGAUUCGAGAAACAUUUCCCCGCCAAGGGACAUCUCCGCCGCACCAGGUAACUCCAGCCAGGCACCAUUGCGAUCCGGAGCCCCAGGCACAGGCGCAGUCCUUUGUGUGCACGGCGGUCUUUCCCCCGCCAUCGAGUCCGUCGACAAAAUCCGCCUCAUCGACCGCAAGCAAGAAGUCCCCCACGAGGGACCUAUGUGCGAUCUUCUCUGGUCCGACCCAGACGAAAUUGAAGGCUGGGGUCUCAGUCCCCGCGGCGCCGGUUUCCUCUUCGGUGGCGACAUUGUCAAAGGAUUCAACCACACCAACGACCUCUCCCUCGUUGCGCGUGCCCACCAGCUCGUCAUGGAGGGGUAUAAGGAGAUGUUCGACGGCGGAAUCGUUACUGUUUGGUCCGCCCCGAACUACUGCUACCGCUGCGGGAAUGUGGCUGCGAUUAUGGAACUUGGCGAGGAUACGAGUAACGGCGGAACGGUGGCACGAAACAAUGGCGAAUAUGGUCGGAGUAAUGGUAUUUUGAUGGGUUCUAAUAGUGUUGGUUCUUCAGUUGUCAGUCCGGGGAGACGGUACAGGGUGUUUGAGGCGGCCGCGCAAGAUACGAGGGGCAUGCCGGCGAAGAAACCUGUUGCUGAUUAUUUCCUGGUGAGCCCCCUCUUUCUUUCUGAAGAUUCAACGGCCAUACUAACAAGUCGCAGUGAUACCAUUUAAAGUUUAUUUAUGGCACUUGUGAUUAUGGUAGCGCAUCCUUUGUAUUUGACUCAGUACAACCCAAGUAACUCGUUUGCAUCCAGUUCACAUCUAUGAACGUCAAGAUAUUUAUUCUUUCUCACUAUGCUCCCUAUGACACAUAACAAUCUACACAUGCUUGGAUACCAUAUAAUGACCUAAAACAGUCCAUCAUACGGCUCCAUCAGAGCAUUAUGCUCAAUAUCAUGCGGGAAGCUCUCCCCCUCUGCGGUAGUAUGGCACCAAGGCUUAAGCCCAAUCUCCUCCCUCAGUUUACUCGAGAAGCACUUGGACCACUGGCGGCGCGGAUAAUGGCCAGUGACAUCCUUCACGGUGUUGGGAUGGACAUAC